AUGAACCAUCACGUUGAAAAGGGCGACGGCGAUGCCACCACCAUUCAAGAUGCCAAAAUCGUGGUGGAUGCUGGCAUUCACUUGUCACCGGAGGAAGACAGGCGUAUCCUGCGUAAACUGGAUCUAUGCUUGCUGCCCAUCAUGGCUGUGAGCUACUUUUUUCAGUAUCUCGACAAGUCGGCUCUUGGUUCCACAGCAAUCCUGGGCCUUCGCCAAGACCUUCAUCUCUCUGGCGAGGAGUAUUCCUGGUCCAGCGGCAUAUACUACUUUGGCUACCUCGCCGCGUCGUACCCCGCGGGAGUCAUGAUGAUUCGUUGGAGAGUCGGCAAGGCAAUCACCGUGUCCAUUCUUGUGUGGGGUGCCAUCCUCAUGCUCACAGCCGUCUGUCACAAUGCUGCUGGCCUCCUCACUACACGAUUCUUCCUUGGUGUUGCCGAAGCAGCCAUCGCCCCGGGGCUGACAAUCAUUGUUUCCAUGUUUUACAAAAAGUCCGAGCAGCCUCUUCGACAUGCUGCGUGGUUUCUCGGCAACACCUGUGCUGGCAAAGCCGAUCGGGAGAAGGUCGUGAUCCGGGUCCAAGAGAAUUUGACAGGCAUAAAAAAUGAUGAGCUGAAAUGGAGCCAAGUACGAGAGGCGCUCCUCGACAUGAACACAUGGUUUUUGGUGCUCACACAGCUUUCAUCAAACAUUCCCAACGGUGGUGUCACAACUUUCCGAUCUAUUAUUCUCCAUGGCAUUGGAUUCAGCACAUUCGAUACUCUUCUUCUUCAGUGUGUUCCAUACCUGGUCCAGCUGGCUCUCGUCAUAUUGUGCACGGGAGGCAGCAGUUACCUCAAAAAUACUCGCACAUACUGGAUGAUGCUCACGUUUGCGGUCGCUCUCGUCGGCGCUGCCCUUGUGCGACAACUGCCUGAGCACGGCAAAUGGGGACGAUACGCGGGUACUUGUCUGAUGGGCGCAAACUCUGCCUCCUUUCCGUUACUCAUGUCGAUGGUGUCCGGCAACAUCGGCGGAUUCACCGAGAAGACCACUGUAAAUGCCAUGAGUUUUAUUGCGUACUGCGUCGGUAACAUCAUUGGGCCUCAGCUAUUCUUUGAACGGGAAGCACCAUCUUAUGGUUCCGGCUUUGCCGCUCUCAUCGUCUGUCAAACAGUCUGCUUUGUACUAUGUCUUUCUAUGCGAUUUUACCUCGUGUGGGUGAAUCGCAGCCGUGAUCGACACGAAGGCAGCACCGAGACAGCCGAUGAGGAUAACGUACAAACGCAAACCUUAAUGGCCAUGAUGGACAAGACCGACAAGGAAAUCGAAGGCUUCAGAUAUGUAUACUAG